AUGCCUAUGCCCUCGCUGUGCUCAUUUGUACGGCUAGGAGCUGCUCGAGCUUAUACUCUGCACACACAGCAUUUGUUGCCGUACCAAUUGCGGGAAUUGGUGUGUCUGCGGUGCUUUUUUGCCCAACGAUUCCCAGCUCAUUCGCCUCUGCGCCUGUACCGGUACGACUUUUAUGACGAAUUCCUCGGCACACUGGUCUUAGACAAGUCGACCGCGGAAAUCGAAGAAAUGUUUCUCAUUUUGCACCAUUUGACCAAACAUCAGCAGUUUGAAUACCUGCAGGAAACCAUGGAACGCAUUAUGCAUUGA